CUCGGUCGUAUGGAUAAUCUGCAAAAUUCUGCUGCUUUAGGAUCAACCAUUCUUAGGAAAAUCUCCUCCAAAGUUUAUACUCUGACAGCUGUCCACCUGACAGUUGACCGAUUGUGUGUUGAACGUCACAAGCUUCGUUUAAUGGGCUUUAAUUGAAACAGUCUUCCCUUGAAUAAGAUGAGUCAAUUUUGAGGAAUUUGCGUGCCUACUAUUUAGUGUUUAGUGCAGUUCGUUGUGUGUCUGGACAAUUUAACUGUAAUUAUAAUGCCUUGCAAAAUCGAUCUGGAGGAAUGCCUCAAGGAUUCGCCGAAAUUCAGGCAUACCCUGGAGGAGGAGGAAUCUAGUAUAGACCAAUUGGAGCAGAAGCUUGAGAAGAUUUUGAAGGUGUGUGGAGCCAUGGUGGAUUCUGGUAAAAUUUACGUCUCAAAUCAAUGUUCAUUUGCAAACAGUUUAUGGGAUCUGAGCCAGCAUUUCCGCGAUGACUCAGUGGUCGUAUCUUCGCUCAACAAGCUGAUACACAGUCUCCAAGAGAUGAACAGGUUCCACACUAUCCUAUUAGAUCAGGCUUCCAGGACCAUACUCAGGAAUAUUACGUCUUUCAUUAAAAAUGAUAUUAAAGGUGCCAAGGACUCUAAACAGCACUUCGAGAAGAUCUCGAUCGAGCUGGACAGUACUUUGGUGAGGAACAGCCAGACUGCGAAAAGCAAGUUGCAAGAAGUGGAGGAGGUCCAGAAUAUAUUGAUGGCGACGCGAGCGUGCUUCGGCCAUCAGGCCUUGAACUACGUCAACUGCAUCAGUGUGCUGCAAACCAGGAAGCGCCACGAAAUACUGAGCACGUUACUUUCUUAUAUGCACGCCUGCACAACGUACUACCACCAAGGCUCCGAUCUGUGCGGCGAUUUGGAGAGCUUUUUCAAAGUGCUCGCCGACGAGAUCGGCGAUAUGCGAGAGGACACAGCCAAGGUGGAGAAGGAGCUGGAGAACCGGCACAGCAUCGUGAUCAACAUAGACAAGGUGCAGUUUGGUACGGGCAGGAGCAAACCCAUCAUGGAAGGGUACCUCUUCAAGAGGACUUCGAAUGCCUUCAAGUCGUGGCACAGACGGUGGUUCUGCUUGCAUGACAAUAAGCUAGUUUAUAGGAAGCGGACUGGGGAGGAGAAUUUCACCAUCAUGGAAGAUGAUCUGCGUUUGUGCACGGUGAAACCCGUUUUGGAAGGCGAACGACGAUUCUGCUUCGAAGUGCUCUCACCUUCCAAGAGCGACAAAAGGAGUCACAUGUUACAAGCGGAUUCGAAGGAAAUGUUCGAUGCGUGGAUUGCAGCUCUUCAAAAGGGAAUUGGAGCUGCCAUCCAGAGAAUACACAGUGAUAGCAUGGAUAGCGAUGAUAAUAGGCAAAGUUCUACGUCGGCUUUAAGCAGUUUGAGUAUUCUCAAUGGAAAUAUUGAUGGUAAAACAGAGAAAACAAGAAAAAUGAGAAUGUGGGACCAAAUGGCGAAGAUACCAGGAAAUAAUUAUUGCUGCGACUGCGGCAGUCCUAAACCCAAAUGGGCGAGCAUCAACUUGGGUAUUACGCUGUGCAUAGAUUGUUCGGGAGUUCAUCGGAGCCUCGGUGUUCAUUACAGCAAAGUGAGAUCACUGACUUUGGAUGACUGGGAGCCGGAAAUAAUCAAAGUUAUGGCCGAGCUCGGAAACGCCGUCGUGAACAAAGUUUACGAGGCAAAUGUACCGGAGAAUGCAGUCCGCGCGACUCUAAACUGCACGGGGCUAAUUAGGGAAUCCUGGAUCAAGGAUAAGUACGUGGAGAAGCGGUUCGUGAAGAAGGAGAUUCUCGAAUUUCCAACGCUGAGGUCUUCCAGGCUCACUGACAUUAGGAAGUGGAGCGUGAGGAAGCUCAGGAGACGGCCGCGAAGCGUCGAUGCUAAAAAGAGCAAGCGCUUUACGCAGUCAAAUGAAGAAGUGAAUCGACUUAAAAGCGCCGAUGAUGAUUCCGGUGUUAAGGUCGAGGCUAUUAACGAUUCGGAUAGUAGCGACGCUUCCAGGAGGAACAGUCAUUCCAGUGUUUUGCUCUUUGGUGGAGAAUUCGAGAAGCAACCUUUGGACAGCGGUUUAGAUUUUAGCUCGGAUCAGGAUUCUACUGGAGGAGAGGAUGACGAAGCUUUAGAGGAAGAAGAUAUUGCAAAGUUUCAUCCCAAUCUUCUGCUAUACAAGGCGGCUGCCGCGCAUAAUUUGCCCGUGAUGUGCGAGGCUUUGGCACUUGGCGCAGAUAAGCAUUGGACCAAUGAGGAAGAUCUGCACAGGAGUCACAUUCAUCAAGCUAUUUUAAGCGGUUCUGUGAUGGCUCUGGCGUAUUUACUGAUAAACGGUGUGAAAAUCAACCUGCAGGAUAUGCACGGCUGGACGGCCCUUCACCUCGCAACCCACAAGGGUCACACGGCUCAAGUCUGCCUCCUGCUGAAGCAUAGGGCCAACCAGCAUUUGCCCAACAACGAAGGUUCUCUUCCGAUCGCCAUAGCAGAGCUGAAAGAAAACGCCGAUAUCGUGACACUGUUGAGGUUGGCCCGUCUCAAUGAUGAGAUGAAGGAGUCGGAACUGGGAGCUAGCGGCGACGAUACCUUCAACGAUGUCGUCCGCGACUUCUCGCAGAUGGCCUGCACCCAUCCUGAGCGUCUACAGAGGAAUUCCAGGAUCGAGGCCGAAUGAUCAGCCGAAACUUUAAUCCAACGAUUAAAUCUCCCUCGAAUAGAAUAACCGAUGAUACUUAUUAUUACUGAUAUAAAUAUAUUUUAUAUAUGUAUUUAUAUAUACAUAUAUAUAAUACAUAGUCCGCUUUCUGGGGGGAACUCGCGCUUCGCUUCUUAAAAACGCAAUCGAUGCGACCUCAAUAUAUUUUUCGAACGAGCAAUUCUUACAGGGUUCCAACGAUCACAGGGCGAGAGAUUCUCUUUCUUGUACCAUUCAUUUAUAUUCCGUUACGAAAUUCUCUUAAAUUGAAUCCGCCUGUGAUAUAUAUUUAUAUAGAGAGAUAUUUGUAAUUUUAUUUGUAUAUUAUUAAUUUCUGUUUAUUAUUCUUUUUUUUAAUUAUAUUAAGUUUAUAUUAAACGAAAAAAAAAUAUUUGCUCAAAUCGGGAUGGAAUUUGUUGGGUAUUCAGUGUAGAAGAAAGCACUCGCAAUUCCAAACGCUUAUAAUUCGAACUUUUAAACAUAGAAGAAAUUACUUUUCCAAACGACGAAAGCUUCUUUUUUAUUUGUAAAUUCCCCGUAAAAACGUUGAUAUUGAUGUGGCUUACGUGUGCAUUCGUUUGUCGCACACUUCUUAUUAAUUAUUAUUUUUUUUUUGGUAACGUUAAUUUUUAUAUCUACAUAUAUUAUU